AUGAAGCUUUUUUGUAUUUUUGCAGGCAGCGUUUUGGCCAAAAACGCGGAAAAAGUGGCUGCUGAAGAGGAAGCGCUCCAAAUGAUGGUCGACAACCUCCUCAAUCUCGCCGAAAACGGCACAAUUUCGAAUUCGUACGCUGACAAUGCGAUACUUGCGAUGACGGCGGAAUCCACCGAUGGAUUUAGGAUUCAAUCGGGGAGAAUUUCUUUCUCGAGUCUUUCCUUUGCAAUUGCAGAGGUGAAGAGGGUCAAUUUGGAGGCGAUGAUUUCCGUCAUGGUCGGAAAGGAAAAUAUGCCCGCGACAGAUUUUUGGACUCCGGAAGAUCGUGAUACUGCUCAGGUCACAAACAGCUUCCAAAAAUACGGCUGCUACUGCGAUCCUGUUGAUGAAAUCGAUGCUCUUUGCAAAAAUCUGUGGGAUGCAUACAAAUGCCUUCCGAUCGACGAUGAAGAAUGUGCGUCAACAGCUUCGUACAAGUGGAAAGUCGGGGCAAAAGGUGGGGAGCUAAAAUGUUUAGAUAGAGAAGGAACUUGCGCGAGAGCGGUUUGCGAGACCGACAGGGAUUUUGCCACGGAAUUGGCGGAAGUUGCACAUAUCUGGGAUGCGAAAUAUCACAUGGACAGCGGAUUCGACAGGGAAGCUCAAUGCACGGGCGAAUCUGAAAGCUUCCAGAAAAUGAAACCUACAUCUUCACCAAAGCAAAUCGGGGAAGAAAGCUCCUCAGAUACCAGCGUUGGUGAUUCGGUGAAAUGCUGUGGCACCGGGACUUUCCGCCACUCUUUCAAAACAAAUCGACUUCAAUGCUGCUCGGAUGGAACAACGAAGGCUUUUGGUGCUUGUGGAAUCUAA